AUGCUGGUUAGCUAUGAGUAUUUCUGGCCUAACAUAUCCCAAGACAUCAGGAGAUUUGUCCAAAACUGUGAUAUAUGUGGAAGGACGAAAUCUUGGAGGGACCAGAGAAAGGGACUAUUAAAGCCCCUCCCUGUGCCUGAUCAUCCCUGGCAGGAGGUUUCAAUGGAUUUCAUCACAGACCUACCAGAGAGUGAAGGUUGUACAAACAUCAUGGUUAUCACAGACCGGUUAACCAAAGGUGUGAUACUAGAAGGAAUGUCAGAGAUUGACUCUGAGAGCGUGGCCUGGGCCCUCGUACGAGUACUUAUAAGCAAACAUGGGAUCCCAAAGGCUAUCACCUCGGACAGAGGAAGCCAGUUUACAAGGGUCAGCCCCUUCUACCUAAGCCAUGGGUAUAACCUCAGCCCAUUUAGCCCUACCGAGGAGGUAGAGCAACUAGCCGAAGAACCAGCCAAGAGUCCUAUCCAGAAAGGGGAAGCUAUUGUACGGAAAGUUAAGGAAGCCCUAGACUGGGCUCAAGCCUCCAUGGCCUAUUCCCAACAGAAUGCAGAGAAUCAGGCUAAUAAACACAGGAGCCUGGCCACAAACUACCAAGUAGGAGAUAAGGUCUGGCUAAGUCUGAAGAACAUCUGUACAGACCGACCCAGCAAGAAACUGGACUGGAAGAACGCCAAGUACGAGGUUAUAGGCCUGGUGGGCAGCCAUGCUGUACGGCUGAAUACACCCCCAGGGAUCUAUCCAGUCUUCCAUGUGGACCUGCUUCGGCUGGCUUCAUCAGAUCUACUUCCUUCCCAGAAGAAUGAUGAUACCCAGCCCCCUGGCAUCAUUGUGAACGGCGAGAAAGAAUACAUGGUAGAGAAAAUCCUGGACGAACGUCCCAGGAGAUACGGGAGAGGUCACCGGCUGGAAUACCUAGUGAAAUGGUCAGGCUAUGCUCGGCCAACCUGGGAAGCUGCCACAGCUUUGGAGGAAGCACAAGCUCUGGAUGAGUGGCUGGAUCGUACAAAACAGUAUAGACUUCAGGACGGCUCACUAAACAGAGAUGCAUAUAUAAAGGCUAAAGCGACAUGA